AUGCGGUUGAACUUGGCUCCAGUCUGCCGACCGCAGAAAUGGAAACCGCUCCUCACGUUGGGCGGGACGACGGCCCGUCGAUCAUAUGCCUUUCAGUCGGGCAGUCUCAACUUUGAAGUCUUCAACCGUCGCGCAAAAUGGCUGCAGAAGGAAAGAGCAGCUGUCAAUGUCAAAGAAGGUCGACAAGCCGAUUAUCUCAAACAUGAGGUUGCCAUGCGCGUGUGCGAACGGCUUUUGGACGUCAAACGUGAAUUCCCACUCGUCCUCGACUUCGGCGCCAACUCCUGCAACAUUGCCCGCGCUCUCCUUCGCCCCGAUCCGGACCCCGAAUCUGAGCCCCCUGUGACCGAACCGCUAGCCACGAAAAUCACCGAGCUCAUCGCCGCCGAAGCCUCCCACUCGCUCCUCCACCGCGACGUCGACCACCCUUCCUUAUCCACCACCCACGUCCCAGACUUCAAACUCACCCGCCACGUCCUCGAGCACGACGAGCUCCUCCCCUUCUCGCCCGACACCUUCGACAUGGUCCUCAGCAGCAUGUCCAUGCACUGGGUCAACGACCUCCCCGGCGUGCUCUCGCAGAUCAACAGCGUGCUGAAGCCCGACUGCCCCUUUAUCGGCGCCAUGCUCGGCGGCGACACCUUGUACGAGCUGCGCACUUCUUUGCAGCUAGCUGAGCAGGAGCGUAAGGGCGGCAUAUCGCCUCACGUCUCUCCCUUAGCUGACGUGCGCGACGUCGGGGGGCUGCUGCAGCGCACGGGAUUCAAGAUGUUGACGGUGGACGUGGAGGACAUCGUGGUUGACUACCCGGACAUGUUUGCGCUGAUGCAGGAUCUGCAGGCAAUGGGGGAGGGCAAUGCGGUGCUGGGGCGGGAGAUGGGGCCGAUUGGACGGGAUGUGCUGCUGGCGGGCGAUGCGAUUUAUAGGGCGCUGCAUGGUAACGAGGACGGGAGCAUUCCGGCGACGUUUAGGAUCAUUCACAUGAUUGGGUGGAAGGAGAGCCCGGAUCAGGCGAAGCCGUUGAGGAGGGGCAGUGGGAAGGCGAGUUUGAAGGAUUUGUUGGAGACCGGACAGUGA